GGAUCGUUUAUGUGGAGUGUAAUAUUAAACACAUUUCAAAACCAAUAACAAAAGUUACUUUUAUGGACAACAGAAUUCAUAAUUUUGUAAGAAAUAAUCAUGCAAUAUGGAAAAUUGUAAAGUUAAUCUAAUUGGAAAUUCAACAGAUGUUGGACUGAUCACUUCUCUCGAAAAUUAUAAAGAACCAGUGCGUAGAGUGCGUCCAGAUGCAUGUAGAAAAUCUAUACAAGCAAGAAGAUGUGUUCAACAUUUGAAAAGAUUGAAAACGCGUUCAAGUAAACUUCAGUACCAUUCAACUAUUCAAGAUAACCAAUAUCAACUAUCAUACGAAAUGCUUAAUUCAAUGCAAGAUCUAGGUUCAAUCUCCUUAACUUUAAGUAAUAAUAAUAAUAAUAAUAAUAAUAAUAAUAAUAAUAAUAAUAAUAAUAAUAAUAAUGCUAUUAACUGUUCACAACUUCCUCAACGAAAAAACAUUCUUUCAUAUAGAGAUUAUUUAGCCUUACCAAUUGAAAUACGUUAUCCAUACAAUUACGUCAGUGAUUUAUUUGAAGAUGCUCAUCCUGAAAAUGCUGACAGCAAUCGGAAUACUAAUAAUUAUGAAGAGUAAAUAAUAUAGUUAUGUUAACAUCUGAAAAAGGUAAUAAACCAACUUUACUACAUACAGAUAAUAUAUUAAUCAAUUGAUUUCAUUUUUUAUCAUUUCAAUAGUGAUGUGUUUAUUUAUAUAAAUAAAAAAAAUUACAUUUCA